AUGAAAUAUUUGGGCAUCCUGAAGGAAGCUCGCGAGCGUAAUCUAGUUGAACGUCACGCUGAAUGGGUGCUUAACUGUGAAAAGGCUCGAGCACAGAAACUUGAAGAGCUAAAGGCUCGUCAGGAGGCUGAGGCAAAACGUGCCGAGGAGGCGUCUGAAGCGUUGCUUGCUCGAGCUGCUGAGGAUGAGGUUGCAGCCAAAGAGAGAGAGCGGGAGCGCCGAACACUUGGAUUUGGUGAUCGUCAGACGGGUGAUAUCAAUGGCAUGCUAGGCCCAGAUGGGCUGCCGUUACGGCGCGGCUUCCAAAGAGGCAUGGAAAUUGAAGCCAAGCGUAGUGAGUGCUAG